AUGAGUGAGCCAACAGUUAACUUUCAUAUUCAGACAAGACUCACGGAAUUCAAAAUUCCUACGGAACUAAUCAAGAAGAAUUUCAAAGCGGUUCAAAAGCAAAUAGAGAAGCAGAAGAAAUCGAUUGGAGAAGAUGUGGCCAAAGUUAAGAAAAAUAACAAAUUGCCUACAGCAAUGAAGAUUGAAAUGAUAAAUAAAUUGAUAAAGAGUUUUGAGAUAUUUCAAAAGAGACUACGAACAUCGAUAAAUAGGGAUGAAGUAUUCAGGUCUAGAAUAAUAGCACGUCUAGAAAAUUUGUCUGAAUUGGCGAAUUAUACUGUAAAAACAAAUGUUGUUCUUGAACUGAAUGCCAGCCCAAUUGACUCAGAUGAUAAUAGGGAUGAAAGUUCGGUUACCCCAAAAUCAAUGGAAGAUGAGGACAGACCUUUGGAUUUGCAUAACGUUAACCUAAUUAACUGGUACAGAGACCAGACUAAUUUGUUAAUUAUUGAUUACUUGAUUAAGUCAAAUACAAGGUCAGAUCAGAACAUCGGGUUGCAAUUAUUAAAGAGUAUAUCACAAACAAAUCCCAAAUUCACGAAACUUAUUGAUUAUGAUUUAUAUGAUAAUUUUAACAAGGUUUUUGUUUCAAUAAUUGAGAACCACGAUCUUUCAUUGGUAAUUGCUUGGUUCAAUGAGAAUAGAAGCUUCUUGAAGAAGGCGAAUUCUAAUUUAGAAUUUGAAAUAAACUAUUGCAAAUUUUUGUCACUUAUAGAAGAGGGUGAUGUGAAUGAAGCAAUCAAGUUCUCACAGGUAAAUCUUUCGCCGUACGGGAAUAAAGGUAAUUACCAGUCUCAAGAAUUUAUGAACCAUGAAAGUAAUUUGAAUAAGUUAAAGGAGAUAGGUGGCUUAUUAGUUUAUAUGGCUAUUAAUGAAAAGGCCAACGCACAAAUAGAUAAGAGCAUUCCAUUUUCGAGUUCCUUAGUAAUUAAUUCUCCACGAUUUAAGGAAUAUAAAAAGCUAUUAUCGAACGAAAGAUGGGACAGCUUAUCUCAAUGCUUUAUUGAGAAUUUUACCAAGUUAUAUGGCAUUUCAAGAAACUACCCGCUAUUCAUAUAUUUGUCUGCUGGAUUAUCAAGUUUGAAGACAAAGUCAUGCUAUUGUAAUACGGAAAACACAAUUUUCAAGCAAUAUGAGGAAUCAUCGGAAUCUAAUAAGAACAUCUAUAAGAAAGAUUUAGCGGUAUUGACGGAUAAAAAAUAUAGAGGACCAAAUAAGUAUUAUAAGUUGUUGAAUAAAAUAAAUCAUUGUCCAGUAUGUUCGCCUGAGUUAUAUAAAUUGAGUAAGAACUUGCCUUAUGCUCAACUAAUUACAAGCAUUUUCAAUAACCCAUUCAAAUUACCUAAUGGAAAUAUCUAUCCAUUCGACAAAUUACUAAACCCAUCGGAGAAGUAUUUAUCGGAGAAAAAUACUUUGUUACGAAUGGGUAAGAUUAAGGAUCCGUUAACUCGUGAGAUUUUUUUAAUCGAUGAUUGUGUAAGAGUAUAUCCAGCUUAG